UUCAAUAACAGCACAACUGUUUGUGCUGUGCAUAAUAAUUGUGUAUUAGAGCUGAACGUAUCUGAGGAGGCAGUCGAAAAAGUAAAAUAAAAGAAUUCCAUGGAAAUGCAAUUGCUGACUGUGUUGCUAAGCAUUUGCCUUUGGCUGGCAUUUAGCUUGGGACUGGGCGAGGACGAGGAUGAGGCGAUGCUGCAUUCACAGAAUGCGCUGGCCCAGGGACCCAAUUAUGUGCCCAACUCCUGUAUGGCGCCAGAUAUGGGGCUAAGCGCCUUUAGAUAUUUGGCCCCCCAGAAGCAGCUCGAACUCAAAUUGGAAUUCCAGCCCCAAAGCCCGCAACUGUUGCAAAACAGCGUCGGCGAUGCCGAACGCUUGUUUGAAUACAGGACCAAUCCGCUCAUUUGCUCGGCUGAGAGUUACAAGGAUGUCAGCUACGAGAAGUCAGCGCCGACUGGGCCAACAGUCAGCGAGGAUGACUAUGAUGAUAAUGAUGAUGCGUCCGAUGAAGACAAUAAUGACGAUGAUGUUGACGAUGAUGGUGGGAAGGAUUUUACAGCACGCGUUAAAUGCCUUCUGCGCACGCUUUACGAGAAUACAAAAUUAUUGUCAGAUGAUCUCAAGGCCCUGGAAUCGGGCCUAUUGCCAGGCAAGUCAUCUGCAUCACCCAAGAACUUUUACCAAGGCAAAAAGAAAUGUUCGAAAUCGAGCGGCAUAAAAGAACGUCCGAUGAAACUAAACAAUGCGAAGACCCAAGAGAAUAACUACUUAAACAUGGUCGGUACCGAUGCGGAUGGCAUUGGUAAGGAUGUAUCCAAAUCAAAGAGUAUUCCGUACUUAAGCGACAGUUCAAGCGAGCAGAAGGCGAAGCUAAAAGCCGGAGCUGAAACCAAAAAAGAGCUAGGCUUAUUGCAGCAACAGUCGAACCUGAACGGGGCCCCUUUCAGCUAUGUGCAACUGCCAUUUGUGGUGCCUUCGGCUCGCAUUAUUGUGCCGCCGCUGCUGCAGUUGCUUACCCGCCGCUCGGUUUUGCCCUGGUCAAUCAGGGGACCCAAUUUGAUUGAGAGCCGUCGCUAUCUGCACGCCCUCAACGAGCUGCGCCUGGCCCGGGCGGUGCAGGCGGCCACCGCGGCUCGCUUCCGGCAGCAGCAAAAUAAUGUUGAGCUACAGCAACAUGUUCAGGAAUUCAAGGAGAAUCUCAGACGUCUAGUCUCAAAUCGAGCUGCCAUAGAACGGCGUGUUUCGGGCUUACUCUCGGGCAUUACUCGCGAUGUAGUCGCAGCAUAAAAUUGUCUUUCAGUUUCGAUUAAAACGUUAUAUAUAGUGAAA